AUGUACCUCCAAGGUUUCUUUUCCAGGUACCUCCAAGAUUUCUUUUCCAGGUACCUCCAAGGUUUCUUUCCAGGUUUACUCCAAGUUAUUGUUUUCCAGGUACCUCCCCAAGUACCUCCAAGGUUUCUCUUCCAGGUACCUCCAAGGUUUCUUUUCCAGGUACCUCCAAGAUUUCUUUUCCAGGUACCUCCAAGGUUUCUCUUCCAGGUACCUCCAAGGUUUCUUUUCCAGGUACCUCCAAGAUUUCUCUUCCAGGUACCUCCAAGGUUUCUUUUCCAGGUACCUCCAAGGUACCUCCAGGUUAUUUACUCUUCCAGGUACCUCCAAGGUUUCUUUUCCAGGUUACCUACCAAGAUGCUCUUCCAGGUACCCUCCAAGGUUCUUUUCCAGGUACCACCAAGAUUUCCUUUCCAAGUACUCCAAGGUCUUUUCCAGGUACCUCCAAGAUUUCUUUCAAGUACUCCAAGAUGCUUUUCCAGGUACCUCCAAGAGAUUUGCGCUUCCAGCUACAUCCAAGUUUCCCUUCCAGGACCUCGAAGAGUUUCUCUUACGGUACCUCCAAGUUUCUUUUCCAAGGUACCCUCCAAGGUCUUUUCAGGUACCUUCAAGGUUUCCUUUUUCCAGGUACCACCAAGGUCUUUUCCAGGUACCUCCAAGAUCUUUUCCAGGUCCUCCAAGGUUCUUUUCCAGGUACCUCCAAGGUUUCUUUUAGGUCCAGGUCCCCAGGUUUCUCCAGGUACCUCCAAGAUGUUUGCCAGGUACCUCCAAGGUUUCUUUUUCCAGGUACCUCCAAGAUUUCUUUUCCAGGUCCUCUUUUCCAGGUACCUCAAGGUUUCUUUUCCCAAGUACCUCCAAGGAUUUCUUUUCCAGGUACCUCCAAGGUUUUUUUCUCCAGGUACCUCCAUUUCCCUCUUCCAAGGUACCUCCAAGGGUGUUCUUUUCCCAUGUACAACCUCCAAGAUAAUUCUCUCCCAGGUACCUCCAAGGUUUCUUUUCCAGGUACCUAACCAAGAUUUCUCUUCCAUGGUACCUCCGAGGCCAAGGUUUCUUUUCCAGGUACCUCCAAGGUUUCUCCUACCAGGUACCUCCAAGAUUUCUCUUCCAGGUACCUCCAAGGUUUCUUUCUUCCAGUACCUCCAAGAUUUCUUUUUCCAGGUACCUCCACGGUUUUUUUUCCAGGAGUACCUCCAAGGUUUCUCUUCCAGGUACCUCCAAGAUUCUCUCAGGUACCUCCAAGGUUUCUUUCCAUGUACUCCAAGAUUUCUCUCCCAGGUACCUCCAAGGUUUCUUUUCCAGGUACCUCCAAGACCUUUCUCUUACCAGGUAUUUUUCCUCCAAGUUCUUUUCUUCCAGGUACCUCCAAGAUUUCUCUUCAAGGUGGAUCCUCCAAGGUUUCCUUUCCAGGUACCUCCAAGAUUUCUUUCCAUGGUACCUCCAAGGUUCUCAUUGGCCAGGUACCUCCAAGAGGUCUUUUCCAGGUUACCUCCAAGGUACUACUACCACUUCCACGACUACUACCACACCCAUCACGACCCUCUAACCUCAUUUUCCAGUCGUCUUCCACCGCCCAAAUCACUCCUCACGCCCCUAAGGACUACACCCACCCUACCCUCCACCCAUGGUGUCCACAAUCCCUCUCCCAACCCACCUCCUCCCGCCACUCCCAACCUUGAGAGGAGUAUACCACCCAACCUCACCAGACAGACCCGUUACCUCCAGGUUUUAAAGUCAUCUCGUUCUACGUCCAUUCCUCCUAACAUAAUCAUUCUCCGAUUUUAUUCCUCUAAUCUAACAGGUAAAAUUCGGGCGUCUUCCCACUUUUAUGAUGAUGAUGAUGAUGAUGAUAUUCUUAUAUGA